CCGCCCUGGAGUCCGCCCUGCGCACGCGCGGAGGGAUCGGCCGCCUCCGCCCCUCGCAGGGCUCGCGGCGCGCUGCGUGUCCGGCGUCCGGGCAGAUAUAGUCGGAGCUGCCCGGGAGCCGGUGAACCGAGCGGUCUCGAGGGAGGGCGCGGGAGUUCAGGCGCUGGAGGAAGGACCGCGGGGGGCGGCUGCCGUGUCCACCGCUGCUGAGGAAAAUGGUGUUCGAGUCGGUGGUCGUGGACGUGUUGAACCGGUUCUUGGGGGACUAUGUGGUGAACCUGGACACGUCCCAGCUCACCCUGGGCAUCUGGGGAGGAGCUGUGGCCUUGAAGAAUCUUGAAAUUAAAGAAAACGCUCUGAGUCAACUGGAUGUACCAUUUAAAGUUAAAGUUGGUCAUAUAGGUAAUCUUAAUCUUAUAAUUCCAUGGAAGAACCUGUAUACUCAACCAGUUGAAGCUGUCCUGGGAGACAUUUAUUUACUCAUAGUGCCUUCUUCUAAAAUAAAAUAUGAUCCUUUAAAAGAAGAAAAACAACUCUUGGAAGCAAAACAACAUGAACUUAAACGAAUAGAAGAAGCAAAACAAAAAGUAGCUGAUCAAGAAAAACUUCGGGUGGAGAAACAGGACACUUUUACAGAAAAAUUAAUUACUCAGAUCAUAAAAAAUCUUCAAGUGAAAAUUUCCAACAUCCAUAUUCGUUAUGAGGAUGAUAUCACAAAUCGAGACAACCCACUGUCAUUUGGUAUUUCCCUUCAAAAUCUCAGCAUGCAGACAACUGAUCAAAACUGGGUUCCGUGUUUACAUGAUGAAACUGAGAAACUAUUUUGUAAGUUAAUCCGAUUGGAUAACCUUUUUGCCUAUUGGAAUGUGAAGUCUCAGUUGUUUUACCUUAAUGAUUAUGAUGAAUCAUUGGACAGCUUGAAGAAGGGCAUUGUCAAUGGAAAUAUUGUUCCGAAAGGUUAUGAUUUUGUGUUUCGCCCCAUAUCUGCUAAUGCCAAACUUCAGAUGAAUCGGCGAUCAGAUUUUGACUUUUCUGCCCCCAAGAUAAACCUGGAUGUUGAGUUACAUGACAUAGCAAUUGAACUUAAUAAACCACAGUAUUUCAGUGUUAUGGAGCUUCUUGAAUCAGUUGAUAUGAUGACGCAAAACCUGCCAUAUAGGAAAUUCAAACCUGAUGUACCUCUUCACUAUCAUGCCAGAGACUGGUGGGCUUAUGCUAUACACAGUGUUCUUGAAGUAAAUGUCUGCCCCCGGUUACGGAUGUGGUCAUGGAAGCAUAUUAGAGAACACAGGCAAAAAAUGAAGCAGUAUAAAGAACUGUAUAAAAAAAAGAUAACAACUAAGAAGCCAACUGGUGAAAUUCUCAUGUCUUUGGAGGAGUUGGAAAAGACCUUGGAUGUAUUUAAUAUAACUAUAUCAAGACAACAGGCAGAAGUUGAGGUAAAGAAAGCUGGAUAUAGGAUUUUCAGAGAAGGAGCAAAAGAUUCAGAGGAAAAUAAAGGAUGGUUUAGCUGGCUGUGGACUUGGUCAGAACCGAGAAGUAAAGAACAACCAGAUGUUAAGCCUGGAAUUCUUGAAGAAAUGUUGACCUCGGAAGAAAAAACUUUACUCUAUGAAGCAAUUGGCUAUAGUGAAACAGCAGUUGAUCCAACCUUGCCAAAAACAUUUGAAGCCAUGAAGUUCUUUGUUCACUUGAAAAGUAUGUCUAUUGUUCUAAGAGAAAAACAAGAGACACCGGAGCUGUUAGAUAUUGUAGUAGAAGAAUUUAGCACUUUGAUUGUGCAAAGACCAGGAGCACAAGCCAUUAAAUUUGAAACCAAAAUUGAUUCAUUUCAUGUUACUGGCUUACCAGAUAAUUCAACAAAACCCCGCCUCCUUUCUUCAUUGGAUGAUGCUACGUCACUCUUCCAAAUUAUAUUUGAGAUAAAUCCAUUAGAUGAAACUGUUGCUCAAAGAUGUAUCAUAGAAGCUGAACCUUUAGAAAUGAUAUAUGAUGCAAGAACAGUGAAUAGUAUAGUGGAAUUCUUCAGACCUCCAAAAGAGGUAAAUCUAGCACAGCUCACUUCAGCGACUUUGACAAAACUUGAAGAAUUUCGUGACAAGACAGCAACAGGUCUACUGUAUAUUAUUGAAACACAGAAAGUUCUCGAUCUCAAAAUUAAUUUGAAGGCUUCGUAUGUUAUUAUCCCACAAGGUGGAAUUUUUAGCCCUACAUCAAAUCUACUACUUUUGGAUCUUGGUCAUCUAAAGGUGACAAGUAAAAGUCGUUCAGAAUUGCCAGAUAUGAAACCAGGUGGGGCCAGACUUGAAGAGAUCAUGCAUAGAGCUUAUGAUUCCUUUGAUGUUCAGCUUACAAGCAUACAGCUGCUUUACAGCACAGUUGGCGAUGAUUGGAGAGAAGCACGAAAACUCAAUGUAUCUACACAGCAUAUUUUGGUACCUAUGCACUUCAAUGUGGAGCUCUCUAAGGCCAUGGUUUUCAUGGAUAUAAGGAUGCCCAAAUUCAAGAUUUUUGGAAAGUUACCACUGAUUUCUUUACGAAUCUCAGAUAAAAAACUGCAAGGAAUUUUGGAAUUGAUUGAAAGCAUUCCGAAACCCACACCUGCAACUGAAACAUAUGCCCCUGCCAAACCAUUUCAGAUUCAAAGGUCCACUUCUUUGGGAACAUCACAGAUUUCACAGAAAAUGCUUCCUUUCUUGGAACUUCCAUGUGUUGAUGAUGAUUCAGAGGAAGAAUUUUUUGAUGCACCAUGUAGUCCCUUGGAUGAACCUCUUCAAUCUCCCACUGAAAUUCAAAGUUAUCAGAAAAAAUUUCAAAAGCUGGAUUGUUCAAAAAAUAUGAUUCAGUAUAAAAUAAGAUUUGAAGUGCCAGAGGUUUUGAUUCAGUUUUAUCACCUUGUUGGAGAUUCUGAACUACCUGUGGUAGAAGUUGAUGUUUUAGGAUUGGGCACAGAUGUUGAACUUAGAACAUUUGAUUUGAAAGCAAAUGCCUUUUUGAAAGAGUUCUGCCUAAAAUGCCCAGAACACUUUGAUGCAAACAAGAAACCAAUUUAUUUGAUUACAACACUGGAUAAUACGAUGGAAGAUCUGCUAACAUUGGAAUAUGUGAAGGCUGAAAAGAAUCUACCCAACUUGAAAAGUACUUAUAACAAUGCUGUGCAACUGAUUAAGGUGAAUUUUUCCUCUUUGGAUAUUCAUUUACAUACUGAAGCACUUCUGAAUACAAUAAAUUAUUUUAAUAAUAUAAUUCCACAAUUGGAAGAAAAACCAGCCCCAGUGUCUGUUGCAGAGACUGAAGACAAAGGAGAGGUCGUUAAAAAAAUGCCGUUAAAACUAUCCAAGAAUGAAGAUAUUAUUACCUUGCAGAUUUUAGCAGAAUUAUCAUGUUUACAGAUCUUUAUUCAAGAUCAGAAACGUAACAUUGCUGAAAUUAAGAUCGAAGGGCUUGAUUCUGAGAUCAUUAUGAGGCCUGCUGCAACUGAAAUAAAUGCAAAGCUAAGGAAUAUAAUUGUUUUGGAUUCUGAUAAGACAGCUGUAUACAAAAAGGCUGUUUACAUCACUGGAAAAGAAGUUUUUAGCUUCAAAAUGAUUUCUUUUGUGGAUGCAACUGCUGGUUCUGCAUACACAGAUAUGAAUGUGGUUGACGUUCAAAUUAAUUUAACUGUUGGUUGCAUUGAAGUAGUUUUUAUCACAAAAUUUCUUUAUUCUAUAUUGGCUUUUAUAGAUAAUUUUCAAGCGGCUAAACAAGCCUUGGCUGAGGCUACUGUUCAGGCAGCAGGAAUGGCUGCUACUGGUGUAAAAGAAUUGGCACAGAGGAGUUCUAGAAUGGCAUUGGAUGUUAACAUCAAAGCCCCAGUGGUGGUCAUCCCACAGUCUCCAGUUUCUGAAAAUGUUUUUGUUGCUGAUUUUGGACUAAUUACAAUGACAAACACAUUCCAUGUAAUAACAGAGAGCCAGAGCAACCCCCCACCCGUUAUUGAUUUGAUAACAAUAAGGUUGAGUGAAAUGCGACUAUACAGGACUCAAUUUAUUGAUGAUGCAUACCAGGAAGUACUAGAUCUGCUAUUGCCAUUAAAUCUUGAGGUGAUUGUUGAGCGAAAUUUAUCUUGGGAGUGGUACCAGGAAGUUCCUUGUUUUAAUGUAAAUGCUCAGCUAAAGCCCAUGGAGUUCAUUCUUAGUCAAGAAGAUAUAACAACUAUUUUUAAAACAUUAUAUAGCAAUAUAUGGUAUGAAGAAGGUGGUGGUGCCUCACCUGCAGGACUAAAAGAUCGGAAUAGUGUUAAUAGUGGAGCUACUAAUGCUUCACACCAUUUAGAAGGAACAACUGUAGUGACUGCUGCCGUGGUGGAAAUAUAUUCACAGGCCUCUCAAGUUAAGACAACACUGAAUAUGAGCUUCAGGACCGACUAUCUCACCAUGGUACUGUAUAGUCCAGGUCCUGAACAGACUUCCUUUACAGAUGUUCGUGAUCCUUCUCUGAAACUUGCUGAAUUUAAGUUGGAGAAUAUCAUAAGCACUGCAAAAAUGUAUACAGAUGACUCAACAUUUUCUUCCUUCUCAUUAAAAAACUGUAUUUUAGAUGAUAAAAGGCCUCAUGUCAAGAAGGCAACUCCUAGAAUGAUAGGACUGACAGUUGGGUUUGACAAAAAGGACAUGAUGGAUGUAAAGUAUAGAAGAGUCAGAGAUGGUUGGGUGACUGAUUUAGUCCUUCAAGAAACAUAUAUUUGUGCAAGUGUGGAAUUUCUGCUGACAGUUGCAAAUGUCUUUCUUGAGGCCUACACCACAGGCACUGCUGUAGAAACCAGUGUUCAAACAUGGACUGCUAAGGAAGAAGCUCUCCACUAUCUUUUAUAUAUUUCGUUCGUUGUGUAUCUGUACAGGAAAUCAGAGAAGUGGGAAAUUAAUAUUAUUAUUAAAACUGAAAUUGUGUUUGUGGCUGAUAUGACAAGAAGUGAUGCUCCUGCAUUAGUCAUUACAACACAAUGUGAAAUUUGUUGGAAAGGUGACCUUGAGAAUAAUACAAUGACUGCUGCCAUUAAAGAUCUUCAAGUGAGAGCAUGCCCAUUUCUUCCAGUCAAGAGAAAAGGCAAAAUCACUACUGUUUUGCAGCCCUGUGACUUGUUCUAUCAAGCUACUCAAAUAGGUACAGAUCCACAAGUGAUUGAUAUAUCAAUAAAGUCCCUCACACUAAAGGUUUCACCAGUUAUCAUAAACACUGUGAUUACCAUAACAUCAGCACUUUAUACAUCCAAGGAUACCAUCCCACAAGAAACUACUUCUUCUACAGUACAUUUAUGGGAAAAGAAGGAUACAAAGAAUUUAAAAAUGUGGUUUCUUGAAGAACCAAAUGAAGUUGAAAACAAAGCUCCCACAACUGAAUUGAUACUCAAAGGAGAGAUGAUAAGAGUGAACAUUGAUUCUAUUUUUAUAGUUCUUGAGGCUGGAAUUGGUCAUAGAACAGUGCCUAUGCUGUUGGCAAAGUCACGUUUUUCAGGGGAGGGCAAAAACUGGAGUUCCUUGAUAAAUCUCUACUGUCAGCUUGACCUAGAAGUGCAUUAUUACAAUGAAAUGUUUGGUGUAUGGGAGCCUUUGCUUGAACCCUUAGAAAUUGAUCAGACUGAGGAUUUUAGACCAUGGAAUCUCGGAAUCAAGAUGAAAAAGAAAGCAAAAAAGGCCAUUGUUGAGUCAGAUACUGAAGAAGAAAAUUACAAAGUGCCAGAAUAUAAAACUGUUAUCAGUUUCCAUUCAAAAGACCAACUAAACAUUACAUUAUCCAAAUGUGGCCUUGUAAUGUUAAAUAAUUUAGUCAAGGCAUUUACAGAAGCUGCCACUGGAGCUUCAACUGUCUUCAUACGGGAUCUAGCGCCAUUUAUGAUUUUAAAUUCUCUUGGACUUACUGUCUCUGUUUCACCAAGUGAUUCUUUUAGUGUACUUAACGUUCCAUUGGCAAAAUCAUAUAUAUUGAAAAAUGAGGAGAGUUUAAGUAUGGACUAUGUGGGAACUAAAGACAAUGAUCAUUUCAGUGCAAUGACCAGCCUAAGCAGUAAACUCUUCUUCAUUCUUCUCACACCUGCUAGCCACUCUACUGCUGAUAAAAUCCCUUUAACAAAAGUGGGACGACGACUGUACACUGUAAGACACAGAGCGUCUGGGGUUGAAAGAUCGAUUGUUUGUCAAGUUGAUGGAGUGGAAGGAAGUAAGAAGAUAACAAUUCGCUCCCCAGUGCAGAUUAAAAAUCAUUUUUCAAUCCCACUUUGUGUUAUAGGGAACACUUUAUUGGGAACGGCUUCACCUGGAAGUGAAUUCAACAUACCAUUAACAUCUUACCGUCACCCCCUUUCUCUGAAGCCAGAAGAUGAGGACUAUCAAACAUGUGAAAGAAUUGACUUUGAAGAAAUUAUAAAAAAUGAUGGCACUUUUCUAAAGAAGAAAUGUAGAUCUAAAAACACUGCUAAGAAACCAUUUAUCAUUCAUGUUGUACGAAAAGAUAAUUUGGCUUCUCUGUCAGUGUAUUCAGAAGAUGGUUGGGACUUACCAUACAUAAUGCAUUUGUGGCCACCUAUCCUGCUCCGAAAUCUUCUUCCUUAUAACAUUGCUUAUUAUAUAGAGGGGAUUGAACAUGAAGUUUAUACUCUAAAUGAAGGACAUCCGCCCCACAUUUGUACUGUGCAUUGGAAAAAAGCCAGACUACAUUUAAAAUUACUUGACUAUCUUAAUCAUGAUUGGAAAAGUGAAUAUCAUAUAAAACCUAAUCAGCAAGAUAUUAGUUUCAUCAAUUUUACCUGUGUUACAGAAAUAGAAAAGACUGAUUUAGAUAUUGCUAUCCAUGUGACUUAUAAUAUUGGCCAGACAGUUGUGGCAUUUCAUAGUCUAUGGAUGGUCAAUAAAACCAGUCGAAUGUUACAGUAUAAAGCAGAUGGAAUUCAUCGAAAGCAUCCACUAAUUAUAAAAAGAGUUCUAUUUUCUUUUCAACCAAAGCACUUUUUUAAUAAUAAUAAGGUUCAGCUUAUGGUAACUGAUAGUGAAUUGUCGGAUCAGUUUUCAAUUGAUACUGUUGGUAGUCAUGGAGCUGUUAAAUGUAAAGGCCUGCAAAUGGACUAUCAAGUUGGUGUCACUAUAGACCUCAGCAGUUUUAAUAUUACCAGAAUUGUGACAUUUACUCCUUUUUAUAUGAGAAACAAAAGCAAAUAUCAUAUAUCAGUGGCUGAACAGGGAAAUGAUAAAUGGCUCUCUCUUGAUUUGGAGCAGUGUAUCCCCUUUUGGCCUGAGGAUGCUUCUAAUGCACUUCUUAUUCAAGUUGAAAGAAAUCAAGGCCCUCCCAAAAAGAUACAUUUUAACAAGCAAGCAAAUUGUAUUUUAUUGCGUCUGGACAAUGAGCUUGGAGGUAUUAUAGCAGAAGUUAAUUUGGCUGAGCAUUCUACAGUUAUUACAUCAGAUUAUCAUGAUGGAGCAGCUCCAUUUCUAUUAAUAAAUCACACCAAGAGUGACAUUGUUCAGUACAAUCAAAGUUCUCUCAGUGAAAUAGAAGAUUCCCUCCCUCCUGGAAAAGCAGUAUUUUAUACAUGGGCUGAUCCAGUGGGCUCUAGAAAGCUGAAGUGGAGAUGUGGAAAAAGCCAUGGUGAAGUAGCACAAAAGGAUGAUAUGAUGACACCUAUAAAUUCGGGGAAAAAGACCAUUUAUUUAGUUUCGUUCUUUGAAGGCUUACAACGCAUUAUUUUAUUCACUGAAGAUCCAAGGGUAUUUAAAGCAACAUAUGAAAGUGAGAAAGCAGAGUUAGCAGAGCAAGAAAUUGUGUUGGCCUUACAAGAUGUUGGAAUUUCUCUCGUCAACAAUUACACAAAGCAAGAAGUAGCCUAUAUUGGCAUUACAAGUUCUGAUGUGGUUUGGGAGACAAAGCCCAAGAAGAAGGCAAGAUGGAAGCCAAUGAGUGUAAAGCACACUGAGAAGUUAGAGAAAGAAUUUAAGGAAUAUACUGAAUCUUCACCUUCAGAAGAUAAGGUUAUUGAAUUGGACACUAACAUUCCGGUUCGCUUCACACCUAGUGGUACUAACAUGAAAAUUCUGCAGCCACAUGUAAUAGCUAUAAGAAGAAAUUAUCUUCCAGCAUUGAAAGUAGAAUAUAGCACAUCCGCACAUCAGUCAUCAUUUAGAAUUCAAGUUUACAGAAUACAGAUCCAAAACCAGAUACAUGGUGCUAUAUUUCCAUUUGUGUUUUAUCCAAUUAAACCUCCCAAGUCGGUCACCAUGGAUUCAGCUCCAAAGCCCUUUACAGAUGUCAGUAUUGUCAUGAGAUCUGCAGGGCAUUCCCAGAUAUCACGUAUUAAGUAUUUCAAGGUGUUGAUCCAAGAAAUGGACCUCAGGUUAGAUCUUGGGUUUGUCUAUGCUUUAGCAGAACUUAUGACAGAAGCUGAAGUGACUGAAAAAACCGAGAUCGAACUUUUUCAUAAAGAUAUAGAAGCUUUCCAAGAAGAAUAUAAAACAGCUUCAUUAGCAGAUUCAUCACAAGUCAGUCUCUAUGAAUACUUCCAUAUAUCUCCUAUCAAGUUGCAUUUAAGUGUUUCCUUGAGUUCGGGCAAAGAAGCUAAAGAUUCAGAACAACAGGAAGGACUGAUGGCCGUUCGUUCUUUAAAUCUUUUGCUGAAGAGUAUUGGUGCCACCCUUACAGAUGUACAAGAUGUAGUUUUUAAGCUUGCAUUUUUUGAACUGAACUAUCAGUUCCAUACAGCAUCUGAACUACAGUCUGAAGUAAUAAGACACUAUUCAAAACAGGCCAUUAAGCAAAUGUAUGUACUCAUUCUUGGACUUGAAGUUUUGGGAAAUCCCUUUGGCUUGAUUAGAGAAUUUUCUGAAGGUGUGGAAGCGUUUUUUUAUGAACCGUACCAGGGAGCCAUCCAGGGUCCUGAAGAGUUUGUGGAGGGGAUGGCAUUAGUGAAGGCACUAGUUGGUGGAGCUGUUGGUGGAUUAGCUGGUGCUGCCUCCAACAUCACCAAUGCUAUGGCUAAGGGGGGCGCCAUGACUCUGGAUGAAGACUACACAGAAGAGAAGAGAGCCAUGAAUAAGCAACCAGCUGGUCUCAGAGAAGGCAUCACUCGUGGAGGAAGCUUAGUGUCUGGUUUUGUAAGUGGCAUAACAGGAAUUGUUACAAAACCAAUCAAAGGAGCUCAGAAAGAAGGAGCAGCUGGUUUCUUUAAAGGCGUUGGGAAGGGUUUAGUUGGAGCAGUAGCAAGGCCAACGGGAGGCAUCAUAGACAUGGCCAGCAGUACAUUUCAGGGAAUAAAAAGAGCUACAGAGACUUCUGAUGAAGUGGAGAGCCUGCGACCCCCUCGAUUCUUUAAUGAGGAUGGAGUUAUCAGACCUUACAGGUUGAGGGAUGGGACUGGAAACCAGAUGUUACAGGUCAUGGAAAAUGGGAGAUUUGCAAAAUACAAGUAUUUUACCCAUGUCAUGAUCAAUAAAACAGAUAUUAUGAUAACUAAAAGUGGUGUAUUGUUUGUAACAAAAGGAACAUUUGGACAGCUUACAUGUGAGUGGCAGUACAGUUUUGAUGAGUUUACCAAAGAGCCAUUCAUUGUUCACGGGAGGAGAUUACGCAUUGAAGCAAAGGAACGGGUGAAGUCUGUGUUUCAUGCCAAAGAGUUUGGAAAAAUAAUUAACUUCAAGACCCCAGAGGAUGCUAGGUGGAUCCUCACAAAACUAGAAGAAGCAAGAGAACCUUCCCCAAGAUUCUGAUGGAGAAUACUGCCUGAAGAGACACAGCAAUAAAUCAUUAGAGUUUCAACCUUGUACCUUCCAAAACCAGUUUGGGAAGUAUAGUACAAAAGUAAUUUCAAGUACUAAAGAAAAAAAAAAAACAAAAAAUUGGUUGCAAUCAGGUAAAACAAUCGUGUGAUUAAAAUAUUUCAACUCAUUGGGGAUCCAUUUGGUUUUCUAACUUGAAUCAUGCAUUUGGUUAAAAUUCUAAUUACUUUAUAAAAGAAACAUGUCUUUUAUGAAUCUUAAAUAUUUGCUCCAAGUGGUCCUCUGCAGUAUGGAGAAAUUACCCAUAUUGCGCACCCCGCAUGGAGCUAAGUUUAAUGUUUCUCAUUUGUAUUUUAAACUUCUAUCAUGCUUACUUCAGACUCCCUGAAUCAGUGACAGGUAAAUGAUCAAGUCAAACAUAACCUCAGUGGUAUCAAGAGAACCUUAGUGGUGGUUUCUUUAGAAACGUGAAGUUCUUUUUACAGAUAAAUAUUUUGGUAUUAUUUUCCUUAUUUUUUUAAUAAAGGAUAGGUUUGAAUUAUACUUCCAUAGCAUGACUAUGAAAAACCUUUUCUAAUAUAAUAUAAUACAGAUUGAAUAAUACCCCUUCAAGCCACAUCUUAUCUUAAGAAAGGCUGGAAGAAAUGAGUGUUAUACCCAAAAAGGAAAAGCCCCUUUCAGAACUUUGAAGCCUUAGAAAUAACUUCCUCAAGCCAACUUCAUGGGAUCUACUUGGUUUACCCAAGUCACGUUUUUAACAGAUUGCUACCUUUAAUGGAAAAUCCCUGAAGCCUUAACAAUACCAACUUUCCAUUCACUGAUAAUAUGAAAUAAACGAAAUUCCCACCAUCGUAGAUACAAGUUAAGCUUCAGAACAGACAGCCCUUCUUGUAAGUAAAUGUCUGUACCCUGAAGUGUCUGUUGGCAGAAGAUUGGGAAUUGCUGCUGUGUUUUCUCUACAGUUAUUCAAAUGAGAGUCACUUGUAAAAGCUCAUCAGGACAAAAAUCAUGGUCUGCGCAUUAUUGAAAGUAAGGUCAUGGGGUUUUUUUUUCUUGGUUUUUGUCCAAGAUCCUUGUACUUUAUAUUAAUGGACUUUUUCAAGUGAAAGGGGAUGAAUAUAUGAUUGUGAACCAUGAAAAGAAUAAUGCAGUGUCUUAUUUAGUUAUUGAAUAAUACAGAGUAUUUGAUGCAUGUCGUAUGUGCCAUGAAAUUAUUAUAAACUGUUUCUGGGAUUGGAGACUCUGUAUAGUCAGUGAUUGUGAAAUUCUUCUCAGGGUCCUCAAACCCUUGCUUUGUUGUAAAAGCUAAAAUAAACAGCAUGCCAGAAUGUAAUUGUAUUUCUUCCUGACUGAAUCCUACUACUGAUUUUCCUUUGAUUAUAAAAACACAUUGUUUAUUAUCAGUA